GUAUAUCUCAACACGUGAUUAUCAUACUUCCUCCAUUAUCUUCCUCUCUCUCUCUCUCCACCCAUUUAUCUUCCUCUCUCUUUCUGAUCACAAAUCUCUCUCUCUCUCUCUCUCUCUCUCUCUCUCUCUCUCUCUCUCUCUCUCCAGAGCAUUUCGAAAUGAAUCCAGGGGAUUCGGAUGGAGCCUCUGAAACAUCCUCGGUGGCCGCCAAGAAGAAUUCCAAGAAACCCAAAUAUUCUCGGUUUACACAACAAGAGCUUCCUGCUUGCAAACCAAUUUUGACUCCUGGUUGGGUCAUUACAGCUUUCAUCUGUAUUGGAGUCAUCUUCAUCCCUAUUGGCCUCGCUUCCUUGUUUGCAUCUGAGAAUGUGGUAGAAAUUGUGGAUCGUUAUGAUAAGGAUUGCGUUCCUUCAACUUAUAAUGGUAGCAUGCUUGAAUUUAUUCAAAGCUCCGAAACCAACAAGACUUGUAUCAAGACCUUGACUGUGCCAAAGAAGAUGAAACAGCCAAUUUUUGUAUAUUAUCAGCUUGACAACUUUUACCAGAAUCAUCGCCGAUAUGUCAAAAGUAGAAGUGACAAGCAAUUGCGUAGCAAGGCAUUCCAAGACAGCGUAGAAGAUUGUAAACCUGAAACCAGCACUGAAGCUGGAUCAAUUGUUCCUUGUGGCCUCAUUGCUUGGAGUUUGUUCAAUGAUACGUAUGGUUUUUCUAAGUAUAACAAAACUAUACAAGUCAACAAAAAGGGUAUCGCGUGGAAAAGUGAUAGACAACACAAAUUUGGGUCUGAUGUGUAUCCUAAGAAUUUCCAGCAAGGUUGGAUUGGGGGUGCGAAACUCGACGAAAAUGUUCCAUUAAGUGAGCAAGAAGAUCUUAUGGUUUGGAUGAGAACUGCCGCAUUACCAAGCUUUCGAAAGCUAUAUGGAAAGAUAGAGGAGGAUCUUGAUGCUAACCAGAACAUAACAGUUGUAAUUCAGAACAACUACAACACCUACAGUUUCAGUGGAGACAAGAAGCUGGUCCUUUCAACUACAAGUUGGAUUGGUGGGAAGAAUGAUUUUCUUGGUGUAGCAUACCUUACAGUUGGUGGACUAUGCUUAUUUCUUGCAAUAAGCUUCAUUCUUUUGUAUGUCUUCAGACCACGGCCUCUUGGGGAUCCAUCUUACUUGUCAUGGAACAAAAAUCCUGCUGGGACUCUGAACUAAGAUUUCUUCAUUGAUGCACCACUAUAGUCACUGGCCUACCCCAUCGAUGGAUAGCGAAAUGUUUGGAUUUUCGCUUUAAAAGAAGGUUGCUGCGUAUGAAACCUCGUCUUUGAGUUUCUCUUGGGAAAUUCUCUUUGCCAUGGAGGAGUUUUGACCUGAUUGUGAGCUACUAACUUCAUCUUUGAAGGCUUUCGUUAGUAGUGUACAGAGGGGAGAUGUUAUCGAAUGGUGGUUUUCGUUAUUUACUUUUGCGAAAUAAACUUGUUGGCAACGACAUUGAUUGAUAGGUUGUAGAUGUCAUUUUUCCAAUGUUCUGUUUUUCCAUUUAUUUCUAUAGGUUGUAGAUGUCAUUUUUCCAUUGUUUUGUUUUUCCAUUUAUUUCUUACUGCCAUAUAGCGAAAAUGAUUAGGGCCCUUUGGCUUAACUUAUUUGUGACUUUUUAAUAUAGUUUUUUUUUUUUU